UCUCGGUUUGUGCAGCCGUUAGCCUUAACACACGUUCACACGCUCAAUCAACUGGAGAGAGCGUCGCGUUACUACCUUGCCGGGCCUCUCUCAGGGCCAGUACGCUUCUGGCUACGCCGCUGAGAGCAUCUUUCCGUUAGUUAGACGCACAAUCGAGCUAGGAGUCGGUACGCCUAACGAGAUGCCGAAUUGCCCAAAGUGCGACAAACCUGUGUACUUUGCCGAGAGGAAGACGUCCUUAGGCAAAGAUUGGCACGGUUCGUGUUUACGCUGCGAGAAAUGCAAUAAGACCCUAACACCCGGGGGUCAUGCCGAGCACGAAGGGAAACCCUAUUGCAAUCACCCUUGCUAUGCAGCCCUAUUCGGUCCAGGAGGUUUUGGACGUGGCGGUGCUGAAAGUUAUAUUUACAAUAAGUAAAUAUAUAUAAAGGCAACAAUAUUUUUUAAGUUAAAAUAUACAAUAUUGUACAAUUUUGAACACAAGGAGCAAAUAUGCGAUUAAAUAAGA